AGCCGAGGGUUCCAGCCCGGUCUGCACUUCCCCACGUGCAUCCCAGGCAGCGCGCUCCUAGGACUGAUCCCGGGCGCGGGUCUGCGGGCGGCUGCAGUGGGACCCCUCCCCCCACUGCCACCGGCUCCGGCCCGUAAUGAAUCGCUACAUUCUGCCGCUGUCCGCGCUGGGUACAGCGGUGGGUGGCGCCGUGCUGCUCAAGGACUUUGUCGCUGGCGGGGCUUGUCCCAGCAAGACCACCAUUCCCGGGAAGACCGUCAUUGUGACCGGCGCCAACACGGGCAUCGGGAAACAGACGGCCUUGGAGCUGGCCAGAAGAGGAGGUACCAUCAUUCUGGCCUGUCGAGACUUGGAGAAGUGUGAGGCAGCAGCCAAGGAGAUUCGAGGGGAGACCCUUAAUCACCGCGUCAACGCCCGGCACCUGGACUUGGCCUCCCUUAAGUCCAUCCGAGAGUUUGCAGCGAAGAUCAUUGAAGAGGAGGAGCGAGUGCACAUCCUGAUCAAUAAUGCAGCUGUGAUGCGGUGCCCCCACUGGACCACCGAGGACGGCUUUGAGAUGCAGCUUGGCGUUAACUACCUGGGUCACUUCCUUUUGACGAACUUGCUGCUGGACAAGCUGAAAGCCUCUGCUCCUUCGCGCAUCAUCAACCUCUCGUCCUUGGCCCACGUUGCUGGGCACAUAGACUUCGAGGACUUGAACUGGGAGAAGAGGAAGUAUGACACUAAGGCAGCCUACUGCCAGAGCAAGCUGGCCAUUGUCCUCUUCACCAAGGAGCUGAGCCGGCGGCUGCAAGGCACGGGUGUGACUGUCAAUGCCUUGCACCCUGGCGUGGCCAGGACAGAGCUGGGCAGACACACGGGCAUGCACAGCUCCACCUUCUCCAGCUUCACGCUCGGGCCCAUCUUCUGGCUGCUGGUCAAGAGCCCCCAGCUGGCGGCCCAGCCCAGCACCUACCUGGCUGUGGCGGAGGAGUUGGAGGGCGUUUCUGGAAAGUACUUUGAGGGACUCAAAGAGAAGGCUCCGGCCCCGGAAGCUGAGGAUGAGGAGGUAGCCGGGAGGCUUUGGGCUGAAAGUGCCCGCCUUGUGGGCUUGGAGAUGUCCUAUGGAUCCUCUGAGAGGGGACAGCGCCUCCCCAAAUAACUCCUUGGAGCAGGUAUGAAAGCCACCAGGGAGGCAGUCACCAAGGUGGAACAGCAACCAACCAAAGCUGGUGGCCAUGCCCGAAGCACCCUCUGGGUGGCAGUAUUGGCCAAGGAAUGCUGGCUGACAUGGCCACUGCACCCUCUAGGUAGCAGUCUUGGCCAAAGAAUGCUGGCUGCCAUGCCUGCAGCGUCCUCUAGGUGGCAGUAUUGCCCCUUUUCUGGCCACAGUGGAUUGGACAGCCCGUGAGCACUUGACCCAGGGGCUGGCUGGUACAGUGUGCCCUGCUGCCAACAGGUGAGCUGGGCCAUCAGAUGCCUCCCUUGGGAAUCCAAACCAGGAAUUUUGGGGUGCGGCAUCAGCUCCCUCUGGUGUGGGCCGUGUGGGGGACUGGAUGGCCAUGGGCAAAUUGUCUGGCUGACGCUUGAGUUCAUGGUCCCCCGUUGGACCUUGCACACCUCCAGUCUCCUCUUGAGCCUUGGUUUCUCCAGCUGUAAACUGUGCAGAAUAACCUGACUACCUCAUUGGAUGGCCGUGAGUUAUCGCUGGGCUUGGAGAAUGGCCGCUGCAUAUUCCUUGCCGUUGGAUGUUUACUGAGGACCUUCUGUGUGCCAGGCCCUGGCAAGGCGCUGGGGAUGCCCUCCAGGAACAGACCGACUCAGACCUGGCCUUGCUAUCGCCGCGUCACGCCGGGGACAGCAUGGUGGGGAGGAACCACUGAGGAAACAGGAUGCCUGGGAUCACGACCUUCCCUCCCAUCCCCACUCGCCAGCUGCCAUGCUGUGGGCGGCCCUUGGAGGGACCCGAAGUGGGCCUCUCUGGGCUGAACGCAAGGAGCGAACAGUUCUGAGAGAAAGACAGAUACCAUAUGAUAUCAUCGUAUGUGGAAUCUAAUUAAAAAAUGACACAAACGAACUUAUUUACAGAACAGAAACAGACUUACAGAUAUCAGAAAACAGACUUACGGUUCCCAAAGGGGAAACGUGUGUGUGAUGGGGAGGUUGGGAUUGACAUACACACACUACUAUAUAAGAUAGC